CUAUCUCCUGCUUUAUAGCUCAUGCGACAUAAGUGUCUCGUAACUGCUUCUCCCUCGGCGUUCAUGGUGUCAUGCACCUUGUACUCGUUCAUGAUACUGUGGCUGUUACUGCCGCUGAAGAACACAGAGAUACAGUGGAAGUAGUAAUUGGGGGCGUGAAAGCUGCAUCGGAGAGAUUCAGGUCUUUCAGUUGCAGCAGUUGUUGUAGCGAGCUAGAGGAAGGGAAGGGAUACCUUUUUCUUCCUCGCGUCCGCAGUGUUGUAGGAGCUAGAAGAAGAUCGUUUUUCACCCGUUUCACUUUUCAAGGUGCAGCAGAAGGAGCUCAACCUGUAAUUUCUUUGAACACCUUCACAGUGAGACUGAUUCACUAUGCUGAGGCAGUCAUCCAGCAGAUGCCACAGAUCAAAGAAGCUCAGACCAAAGCACGGCCUCCAGAUCUUCCUGCUAGUCGCCGUCAGCGUCUGGCUGAUGUACCAGCUGACACAUUCCUACAACAACCGGCGGCGAGCUGUAGUGGCCGUGGAGAACGCCGCCACCGCCGACAUGGACGGUGAGGUGACGCCGACGCGGCGCCGGCUGGGCAGGAAGGGCCUCGUCGACUUCGCUGGUGAUGGCGUUGGUGAGAUCGUAGGUGACCGGAGCAAUGCCGGUGUCGAGGCCGACGUUGAGCGAGGCUUCACGUCCAAUCAGUUGAGCAAGAGUGAACUUGGCGAAUCCGAAGGUGACGGCGGCGAGGAGACCGGUGAAGAGGACGAAAACGACGACGUGUACAUUGCCGAGGGUGGCCUCUCCGGUGACGACGAAGACGAUGACGGCAGAGAAUUCCAUCAGGGAGACAUUGUUCCUCCGGUGAAAUCUUCUGUCGCCAUAGCUGCUCCAUUGGUGAAUGGUGUUGCAGAUAGUUUGAACAAAACUGAUGGGAUUAACACAUUGUUAAUCGAUUCUGCUGUAAGCAUGAAUUCAUCUAUGGCUGCGUGAAUGAGGCACAAUCGCAGAGAAGUCUACCAUCGACUCAGCACAGCCUCGCUGGUUCAAGCUGACAUAAGCCUGUUUAAUUACUUGACCCUGCUUGAAAUUGUGUACGACUAGCUAGCAUCGAUCCCCAUCUUGUUUCAGUAAAGCUGUAGAGGUGAUCAUUUACCUUUAUUUGGAAGCAACCAGAUAUAUUCUUCCGAAUUUGGUUAGAAAGCGAGAGACCACGUGUCUGUUCGAUUUGAACUUGGACCUUUUUAA